GUCAAAUUCAUAAAUAUAAACAAAUAGCUCCAUCGGCUCGUGGAAUUUGAUUCAAACGCAAGACUCGGAUGUUUAGUGAAAUUCGGAAGUAGUUUAUAUCAAUUUCUGCCUUUAUAUCACUCUGCCAUCCCCGAUGUCGGCCACAGAAAAGGACAUCUAUAGAGACACUUUGGUUCGCUAUCUUGGCUACGCGAAUGAAGUUGGGGAAGCGUUUCGACCUAUCGUGAAGAAGAUUUUCGUCCAUGCCAGUUAUGGAGUUGCGGUCAGUUAUGUUCUAGCGGACACCGCGGAUAAGUCUCGGAAACAAUAUGCGAAACCGGAAGCGCUGGGUGGUGGUUCACGUGGUGCAGCCAUCGCAUCGGGGGACACCUUAAUUUGGCAAAUGUUCGCUUCGGUGAUCAUCCCAGGAUUUACAAUAAAUCGAAUAUGCUGGAUAUCCAAAAAGGCGCUUGCGAUGGGUAAAAUUAAGGGACCAGUCAAAAUGUGGGCCCCAACUGCUCUCGGUUUGCUGGCCAUUCCAUUUAUUAUUCACCCGAUCGAUCACGCCAUGGAUUUUGUAAUGGAUGAAACCUAUCGGAAGUUUUUCAAAUAACACUGCGAGGACUUUUAUUCUCGAAAGCAGAAAGACUCACGUACUCACGGGUGCUUACACUUAUUAGCUCAAUUAUUACGCAUAAUUUUUCAACGGUAACGGUAUUGAAUUAAAGAGACUUUAAACUCAGAGAGUUCAUUCGUCUCUAUAAUUUUUCAAGAUUUCAAAUAGCUGUUAAAGAUGUUGAAGCCGCGAAGGGAAGCUCUGUUAUUAGUUUACACUCAAGACAAUUUUCGGUGCUGAAUGAAUUCAAAAUAUAACAAUAAAAUUGCUGUGAUGAUUAUGCA